UUAAUAUUUUAUUUCUUAUUACAGCAGAAUGGCCAAAGACUAUGACGGGUCUUCCCAGUACAUCAGGGACAACGGCCAGUGUGGUCAUCAUACGGGGCAUGAAGAUGUAUGUAGCUCACGUGGGUGACUCAGGCGUGGUUCUGGGAAUUCAGGACGACCCAAAGGAUGAUUUUGUCAGAGCUGUGGAAGUAACACAGGAUCAUAAGCCAGAACUUCCAAAGGAAAGAGAACGAAUUGAAGGACUUGGUGGGAGUGUGAUGAACAAAUCUGGGGUGAAUCGUGUAGUUUGGAAAAGACCUCGGCUCACUCACAAUGGACCUGUUAGAAGGAGCACGGUUAUUGACCAGAUUCCUUUUCUGGCAGUAGCAAGAGCACUUGGUGAUUUGUGGAGCUAUGAUUUCUUCAGUGGUGAAUUUGUAGUGUCACCUGAACCAGACACAAGUGUUCAUACUCUUGAUCCCCAGAAGCACAAGUAUAUUAUCUUGGGGAGUGAUGGACUUUGGAAUAUGAUUCCACCUCAAGAUGCCAUCUCAAUGUGCCAGGACCAAGAGGAGAAAAAAUACAUGAUGGGUGAGCAUGGACAAUCUUGUGCCAAAAUGCUUGUGAAUAGAGCACUAGGCCGCUGGAGGCAGCGUAUGCUUCGAGCAGAUAAUACCAGUGCCAUAGUAAUCUGCAUCUCUCCAGGAGUGGACAUUCGGGGAAAUUUCACCAAUGAAGAUGAGCUCUAUCUGAACCUAACUGAUAGCCCUUCCUAUAAUAGUCAAGAAACCUGCCUGAGGACUCCUUCCCCAAGUUCUACACCACCAGUCAAGUCAUUGGAGGAGGACCCUUGGUCAAGGCUGAACUCUAAGGACCAUAUACCUGCCCUUGUUCGUAGUAAUGCCUUCUCAGAGAAUUACUUAGAAGUCCCAGCUGAGAUAGCUCGAGGGACUAUCCAGGCUGCAGUCAUACCCUCAAAAGAUCCAGAGCCACUUGAAGAAAAUUGCCCUAAAGCCCUGACGUUAAGGAUACAUGAUUCUUUGAAUAAUAGCCUGUCAGUUGGCCUUGUGCCUACCAAUUCAACAAACACCAUCAUGGACCAAAAAAAUUUAAAGAUGUCAACUCCGGGUCAAAUGAAAGCCCAAGAAGUUGAAAGAACCCCUCCAGCAAACUUUAAAAGGACAUUAGAAGAAUCCAAUUCUGGCCCUCUUAUGAAGAAGCAUAGACGAAAUGGUUUAAGUCGAAGUAGUAGUACUCAGCCUACAAGCCUCCCCACAACCUCACAGCGAAAGAACUCUGUUAAACUUACCAUGCGGCGCAGACUUAGGGGCCAGAAGAAAAUUGGAAAUCCUUUACUUCACCAGCACAGAAAAACUGUGUGUGUUUGCUGAACUGUCUCUAGAAAAUGGCUUUUUCUCAAAUGUAGGAUAUAAGGCUUUUUGAAGAUGGUACUGAAGCUGAACAUCUUUUAAAGGGACAAAAUAAAAAUUGUAUACAGUUUGACUUUCUGGAAUUCAGCAGUUUAAUCCUGGCCUUGUACUUGCUUGUAUUAUACAUGUGAAUUUUGUAGAUGUUAGGGUAUACGUUGCUGUAAAAUGUGUGUAAAUUUGUAUCCUUCACACAAACUCAGUCUCUUACUCUGAUACACAGUAAAUAUAACAGGGCUAAAGGUUUUUAAAAAAUCGAAAGAAUCUAUUAGAUUUUAGAAAUACAUUUAAACUUUUAAAAAUGCUUAUUAAGUCACUUGUGAUGAAACUAUACAAAUUUUUAAAGUAAAUUAUUAAGCAAACUGGAAAAGUGAUGUAUUUUCAUAGUGACCUGUGUCCCACUUAAUGUUUCUUAGUGACAACUAUUGUCUUUUAAAAAUUAUUUUUUAUUUCUAAUUUCAUAAUUCAGAACUAAAUUUUUCAUAGAAGCAGAAGUAGCUGGGUAUUAGUUUCCUUGUCCUGAUUAAAAUACUAUGCACUAUCUUAUUUCGGUAGCAUUUUUCUAAAAAAAUUAAUCAUCAAAUAUACUCAUUAAAUCUUUGGAAUAGAAAGAGGUGUGUUUCUCUAAAAAGAUGCCCUUCUCAGUUAUCCCACACAUUCAGUGGCAUUAUUAGAUCUUAAAGUAGUUACCCUCUUCUAGUGUUUGCAUAAGAUAUGUGACCUUUUUCUUGCUAUUUCAAUAAUGGAUGGUGCUGCUAAUUCCCAACAUUUCUUAAAUUAUUUUAUAUAUCAUACAGUUUUCAUUGAUUAUAUGGAUAUAUGUUUGUUCAUCUAAUAAAUCAGUGAAUUGUUCAUGAUGUUGCAG